GCUUAUCUAUAUCCAUUUCAGCUCAGAACUUUAAACCGAGUUAUCAUACUAUUGCCAUCUAACAACAAACAAAAUUCUUGUUGUUGUUGUUGUUGUUGCAGCAGAUCAAUGGCUAUUACAGGCUGUUCUUCGAUAUAUACUCUUGUUCAAAGUCCUGGUUCUGUUUUGAGGCCUGCUAGAAAGACUUAUAUGCUUAAACAAAGUCACGUUCCAUUCUUGAAAACACCUGCAGUUAUGAUCAAAUCAUCCUUCAAAACCAAGGUUUUUGAGGAAAACUUAGAAGGUAUAAUCUGCUAUAGAGAUGAGAAUGGUGAGAUGGUUUGUGAAGGAUAUGAUGAGGGUCCUCGUUUUCAUCAGCAUAUUCCAACAACAUCAUAUGAUCCAAGGGAUGCUGCGAUAAUGAACAUUCUUGUACAGAGGUGGCUUGAUAUUGUUAACAAUGGUAAACUAAGCAGAGCUGACAAAGGAGGAAUUGCUGUUAAAGAAGACAUCAAUGAGAAUGGCUUUCACCCAUUCUACUAAUCAAUGCUUAACUGGACAACAGUUAUUCAAAUGUGUUUGAAAUAACACUGAUGCAGUAUCCAAACAGAUUUCCUAUAGAUAUCCUGUACAGUAGAGCAUAAAAGCAUUUGUUUAUUUUUGAAACACUUUCUUCUUUUGUAAUGUUCUCUUCCAAUGCCUUUGCUAUAAAUCAAAGAAUUUGCUUGCAA